AUGUUUCCAAAUCCAGCUAGUCCAAGUUCAUUUUAUAUGUGUGCGAAUGGUUAUGCAUAUUUACAACAAUGUCCAUCAACGUUAGUUUGGUCUAAUGAUGAUCAACGUUGCGAUUAUGAAGAAAAUGUAGUUACAACAACAACGGUCGAAUGCUUAAGUUAUGAAGUUUCGUAUAAUGGUCAUUGUUAUUAUUUGGAUGGAUCAGGUGGUCGGUGUGCUCCAUAUUAUAGUCGUGCAUCAACAGAUAUACUGUCAAUUAUAGCUUCCAAAUUUAUUGGUAAAAAUUAUAAAAGUAUAAUUUCUGAUAAUUGUUGUGUAUGGACAAGUGAUACUUAUCAAACAUUUGGAAUGAAUGCUGAUUGUAAUACAAUGGGACCAUUUAAAGAAGGACCUUUAUCGCCAGGUGGUGGUUGUAGAAAUGCAACCAAUCGUCAUCCCAAACAACUAACGUUUUGUGGUAGGGAUUAA